UGGGAGAAGUGAACACACACCGCAGGAAACGGCUGCUGAUAUGCUGAGUCAAAUUAUCUCACACAACACCUAGCGCUGGUCUCUCAGUCUGAACUUGAGCAGACUAAUUAGAUGAAGAGCGGUAGAUAAGCAGGCACACAAGCGUCAGAAAAUCAUAUGAGAGCAGUGAGAAGAGGGGGAGGGUGAAAACAAGAAGCCGGAGUAGUGAUCUGUAAAACAUCGUGGGGACGUUUUUUUGUAGGCCUACAGCUGAGUUUGGUUCUCCUUGCAAAGAAGAAUUAACAAGUGGAAAUAGUGACACAAAUAAGUGAAGCACACAAUCACAGCAGAGGUGUAGCUGCACAAGCUCUAUAAAGGCCUGUUUGCCUCCCUGAAAGCAAAACCUGUGGCAUUUGUUUUCAUAUCUCUGUGUGGGACCUGCAUCCGAGAGUCAGCAUGGUGAAACAAGAGGUGUUGGAUAUUCUUCAGAAGGUGUUGAUCAAACUGCAGGAUCUCCCACAUGCCAGUCCUCUGGAGCUGGGAGCCUUCUUGGUGCUCAUCCUGUUUGUUGCCACGUUUCUCUUGUUGAUUAUGCUGUCCUGCUUCCACUGCUGCUGCUGUGGAAAGUCAAAAUACCAGGCCACCAGAGUACAGCCUGUCUAAGGAUGAGACAGAGAACACACUCCGUCCUUUCUUCCAUCCUUCAUGUAAUCACCCACACACACACACACAGUUACAUAACAGGAAGUGCUCCUUUUCAGAGUCAUUGAUUUCUUGGAGAAAAUCAUACAAAUAAAAUCCAUCAACUGAAGGAUGGGGACUUAUUUGCAUAAUAUUUCCAGUUUUGGGACAAAGACUGGAUGUACAUUCCAGAGAGAGAGAGCCAUGCCACUGGAAUCCAUAUAAAUCAGAAGAGUGGCACGACUCAUCAAGAUUAAUUUCAGACCAGUACAAUGCAACACUGUGUGGCAGCCUUGUACAACAACAAAAACCUAACAGUGGAGCAAGGGAUUAAAAAAAAGGAAAAACAUUUUAACUUGCUUUUGUAUAGAAACUUUCCAGUGUAAAAAGAAAGUGCGCCCUCUGCUGGCUCAGUGAAGAGUGUCUCUUUUUUUGUGCAAAUUGUACCAAUGG